AUGGGAGUCUCAAGGUUCAGGAAAUUUGCCUCACAAACUAUUAUCAAUCCAAAACAAAAGGCAAGUGCCAUUACAUUGAGGAAUGACAAAGAGUUGCUAGAACCCAGUAAGAGAAUUUCUGAGCAGGCCAUUGAGGAGGCUAUUGAGAAAGAAGAAGUGGAACCCAAACCUAAAGAUAGGCCACAACAAAAUUCCCAAGAUGACCCGCCAGUAGUGGUAAUACCUCCUCUUCCAUUUUUUAGUCGAUUUGCUAAAUCAAAGAAAGAGGAGCAGGAGCAAGAGAUUCUAGAAACUUUUCGCAAGGUUGAGGUAAAUAUUCCCCUUUUAGAUGCAAUUAAGCAAAUCCCUAGAUAUGCAAAGUUUCUUAAAGAAUUAUGCACUACUAAGAAAAAAUUGAAGGGAAAUGAAAAAGUUCAUCUGGGGGAGAAUAUCUCAGUAGUGCUUCAGAGAAAGUUACCUCCAAAAUGUAAGGACCCAGGUAUGUUUACUGUUCCUUGCAACAUUGGAAAUAUUAGGAUUGAGAAAGCAAUGUUGGAUUUGGGUGCUUCCAUAAAUGUUAUGCCUUGUUCUAUUUAUAACAUGCUGAAUCUCGGGCCUUUAAAAGAGACAGGUAUAAUAAUUCAACUUAUUGAUAGGUCAAAUGCUUAUCCUGAUGGGGUUUUGGAAGACAUAUUGGUUCAAGUAGACAAAUUGGUUUUUCCUGCAGACUUUUAUGUGCUUGACAUGGAGGAAGAUAAUUCUGCUAAUUCACCCCCAAUUUUAUUAGGAAGACCAUUUUUGAGAACUUCUAGGACCAAAAUUGAUGUCUAUUCUGGAACACUGACUAUGGAGUUUGAUGGCGAUAUUAUAAAAUUUAAUAUUUAUGACGCCGUGAAAUAUCCUAAUGAAUCUCAUUCAGUCUUUGUUAUAGAUGUAAUUAACUCUUUGAUGUAG